UGUAAUCUCACCACUGAAGCACUGCUGAUCAGCAGCCACCACCACCGGUCACCCCUGCAGGCCUGCAGCUGCUCCAACGGCUUUCCCCCUCCGUCACCCACUCCCUAUCCGCCUAUCCCAUCCCAAAACCUCCUCUCCCCUCCCCCCCCGGCAGCCGCCGCCUCCAAAGUUCUCUGCUUUCGUCACCGCCAGCCUCCCUCCAAGGUAUUGUUCGAUCCGGAGUAGUGAGUCUAUGCCCUUGUCCGGAUCCGAAUGGCUGCCCUGCGGAUCUGCACGCCGGGUGGUGGUGCUCCGGAGGCCAGAAGAGGCAGUCUUGCUGCUGCCGGGAGCGCGGUUCAGCAUGGACCGGAUUUGAUCGGGUUCAGUUCUUGGGUGCUGCCAAUCAGCGCCGGAUAUGCCGUGGACCGGAGGCACGCAGCAGCUGGUGGAGUUGCCGCAUGCCAUGGGCUCUCGUGUGCUGACAGUGGGAGGAGGAAGAAUCAUCCCAGGGCAAGUCUGGUGAAUGGUGUGGUUUCAUCUCUGGAGGACAGUAGCGGCGGGGAGCCUGCGCUAUGCGUAUCUGAUUCACCUGAAGACGCUAGCUCCAGUGGAAAAGUGUUGUCCGAUUUGCGUCGGGACAUGGUGGAUGGUAUUAGUGGUAUUCCAAGAAUUUCUGCGGGAAAGAAGAAGGGGAUGAAGUUCAGGAGAAGAGGGCAGGGUGGAAAUAGAUUGACACGGCGUAGUGCUCCGAGGCGUGCCAGUGGAAAGAGUGGGCAAGAUCAGAGGAUUUUGUUGAGCGAGGAUGAUAUUGCUGCAAUUUUGUCCAGUGUUACCCAUGAAUCUAGCAUCGAGGAGUGCAAUUCUGUUCUCAUCUGUCUCGAGAAGCAUAGUGAUAAGACAGCUCUUGGUUUCUUUGAGUGGAUGAAGGCUAAUGGAAAGCUGAAGGGAAAUGCUGAGGCGUAUCACCUAGCGCUUCAAGCGAUCGCCUGGAAGGAGGAUUGGGAAGCAGCUGGACAGUUGCUUCAUGAAAUGGUUGCUGAUUCGGGUUGCGCUCUGGAUGCUCAAGCAUUUAAUGGGCUUAUAUAUGUUUGUGCCAAACGGAGGCUUGUUGACUGGGGAACAAAGUGGCUUCAUAUGAUGCUUGAAAGAGAUGUGCAGCCGAAUGUGUCUACAGUUGGUAUGCUUAUGGGACUUUACCAGAGGAUUGGGAACCUUCCAGAAGCUGAAUUCACUUUUGCUAAAAUGAGGAAAUGUGGCAUUAAGUGUGUUAAUGCCUACUCAGCUAUGGUUACUUUGUAUACACGGUUAGGCCAUUUUGCCAAAUCUGAGGAGGUUAUUACUCUAAUGAAUAAUGAUGAAGUAGUUCCGAACAUGGAAAAUUGGUUAGUGCGGCUAAAUGCUUAUUGUCAACAAGGCAAAAUGGAAGAAGCUGAAUUGGUAUUGAAGUCCUUGGUAGAUGAAGGAAUUGCUCUGAAUGUUGUGGCAUACAAUACGGUAAUUACAGGUUAUGGAAAAGUUUCUGACAUGCAGAAGGCAAUGGAAGUGUUUGAUAGGCUUAAGAGUGCAGGUUUAGCUCCUGAUGAAACAACCUAUAGAUCAAUGAUUGAAGGUUUUGGUAGAGCAGACAAAUACAAACAGGCAAUUUUGUACUACAGGAAACUCCGAAACUCUGGAUUUAAACCAAAUGCAUCCAACUUUUACACAAUGAUUAACUUGCUAGCAAGACAUGAUGACAGUGAAGGUGCAACAGAGAUUCUCGAGGACAUGCGGGCAGCAGGCUGCCAGUGUUCAUCGAUUGUCACUGUUCUUGUCCGAGCAUAUGGGUCAGUAGGAAGGAUGCAUAAAGUUCUUCAGAUUCUAAAAGCAUGCUUCUAUAAGAAGAUUUUGUUUGAUGCCACCUCAUGCUCUAUUUUAGUAACAGGAUUCGUUCAAAAUUCUCUAGUAGAAGAAGCUAUGCGUGUUUUGCGCGAAAAGAAGUGGAAAGAUUCUGAUUUUGAAGACAAUUUAUAUCAUAUCUUGAUCUGUUCUUGCAAAGAGGCUGGCUGUUGUGAUGAUGCUGUCAGGAUAUAUAAUCAGAUGCCUAAGUCGGCAACACAUCCAAAUCUGCGUAUUUAUUGCAGUAUGAUUGAUGUUUUCAGCAUCAUGGAGAGAUUCACUGAUGCUGAAGCUUUAUAUCUUGAACUGAAAGCAUCAUCCUGUGUUCUUGACAUGAUUGCCUACAGCGUAAUUGUGAGGAUGUAUACUAAAGCUGGGCGACCAGAAGAUGCCUGUUUGGUUUUGGAAGACAUGGAGAAACAAAAGGAAAUAGUUCCUGAUAAGUACCUUUUCCUUGACAUGCUUCGGACUUACCAAAAAUGUGGCCUACUCGAGAAAUUAUCUGAUACAUAUUACUGGAUACUAAAGAGUCAAGUUGAAUUGGAUGAAGCCAUGUACAACUGCAUUAUAAACUGUUGUGGGCGGGCAAUACCGGUUGAUGAGCUCUCAAGAAUUUUUGAUGAAAUGAUUCAACAAGGGCACUUGGCCAACACUGUUACCCUCAAUGUAUUGCUAGACAUAUAUGGAAAAGCCGGGCUUUUUAAUAAGGCAGAAAAGGUAUUUCUCAUGGCUCGCAAGCAGGGUAUGGCAGAUAUCAUAUCAUACAAUACCAUUAUUGCCGCGCAUGCAAAAAAUGGGGAUUUUCGUAGCAUGAUUUAUUUCGUCCAGAGGAUGCAAGAGGCAGGGUUCCCUGUUUCUCUGGAGGCGUACAACUGUAUGCUGGAUGCUUACGGUAAGGCAGGACAGUUGGAGGAGUUUGCUGCUGUUCUGCAAAAAAUGGAGAGAGCAGGAUGCGAGUUUGAUCACUAUACUUACAACAUUAUGAUCAAUAUAUACGGGAGAAAGGGUUGGAUCGAAGGAGUUGCAAACGUUCUUGCGGAGCUAAAGAGCCGUGGUGGCGAGCCAGAUCUGUACAGUUACAACACCUUGAUAAAAGCAUACGGGAUAGCAGGAAUGCCUGAAGAUGCUGUUAAACUGAUGCAGGAGAUGAGGAUUAAAGGCAUUGCCGCUGACCGAGUAACCUAUACUAACCUUAUAGCUGCUCUACAGAGGAAUGAGAAUUUCCUGGAAGCAGUUAAGUGGUCUCUCUGGAUGAAGCAAACUGGAGUUGCUGCAACUCGAACAUGAUGUGCCUAAGAAUUCAGAGUUUUGGUUGCAUGCAAAUUCUGGCAUCCGCACACGUUUAUAUUUCAUCUUUCAGUAGAGUACAUACAUACAUGUGAGUGACAUUGUACAGAGAACUAUUUCUGAUUGUUCUACACAUCCUAUGGGUACCGGAGAUUCAGAAAAACCUCCUACCUUUCCAUUCUCUUACAAGAUGAAACUCAAUCAGUGGAUAGCAAGAUAGGAACUUUUAUCAUACCAAUCAUACAAUUGUAAUUUUUUUACCAGAACUGGUUUGAACUUCUGAUAAUAAUGAUCAAAGAUUCAUUGAGAAACCCAAGUUCAAUGUC